UUCCAGUUUCAAACAGCCCACUUAGGUGCAGAUCUGAACACAUCUGGCUGACCGAAAUUCUGACAACGUGUCCACAAUUUUGACAUCUUCUGCUCCAGUUUAGCGCAUUCUAACGACAUGUCAUCUGUUCAAGAAGCAGAACUAAAGGGGGGCCACCCUCCCGCAGUGAAGGCAGGUGGGAUGCGUGUAGCUCGAGCCCGCCACACGAGCGAAAACAAGGAAGAGAAGAAACCUGACAAGAAAGAGGAAGAUGAGGAGUUUCCUGAAGAGCCCCCACCUAAGAAUGAUACCCGAGUCAUUGUGUCUGGUGCUGUAACAAAGGGCGACAAGGAUUUCUCGCCUCAGGCGGCUAAAGUGGCCCACGAGAAACCCCAGCCGACCGUAGAUAAACGACCACCACCGAAACACAACAUGCCCAUCAACCAACCCAGGAAGUAGGGCGGGCCAACGUUGCCAUAGCAACCAUCUGUUCUCUGUUGCCAUGGUUACAAGCAAGGUGUUCGACAAGACACCCGAAGAUGCAAUAACGAGUAAAUUGAAGCUGUCUUGAUUGUAAACUGGAAUGUGAUUAGUCAAGAAUAAUUGAGAGGGAAAAAUUUUGCAAAGGGCCAAAAUGACGUAGCGUAGAGUAAGAAAAGCUUUGCUGAGGUACAUAUUGUUAAUGUGUACUGUGCACGUCUGAGAAAUUGUAGCAGAAAGAUAAACGAUUUAGUCAAUUACUGGAAAGGACUGUCAGGUCAUUGUAAUUUCCAAGCAGAUGUUGGGGUUGAUGAUUGUAAAGUUUUCUGAUUGUCCAGAUUGUCUGACAGUCACUCAUCAUUAAGGCCACACUAGCCAGUGUACGGUCUGUCACUGUGGGGCAAGUUUGGGUCCAGUUAGACAGGUGACCCACUAGUGGCAGAAACUGUCAGGCAACUUUACAAUCUCCCAUCCCAACAUCUGCUUGAGAUUAGGGUCAGUGUUCUUUUGUUCUAACUUGAUACCCUACGGUGCCAUCACAAUGUCAGAUUCUCCUUUAGAUUUUCACAAUGCUAACAAUAUGUUACAGCACAAAUCACUUUAAGUAAAAAGAAAACCGAGAUAUGAAUUAAGAAAUCUUGCAGAGCGUGGUGUAUUGGAGUCAUAGAAGGCCUCUCUAAGGACGAUUCAUACAGAUGUAUCUGACUAGCCUGGAAUCCAGCCUUGUUAGCUUUCGACAGGCUAGCUCCCGAUCCCAGCACCAGGAUCGGAGCAGACCAGAGCUAACAAGGCUGGAGUCCAGGCUAACAUAUGACCAAUAAGAUGUGAGGACACAUGCCUAGGAUAGAGGAAGAAAGGUGCACAAUGGACCAGCUUUAGAAAUACUUAGUUUUGUUAUUGAUACCCUUUGUUCUGUCUACAGGAUCAUUCCCUGGGUAGCAGAGUCCUUUGUACAUAACCAAGUGUACAAAUGACUUUGUUAUACAGUGACUUACCAUCCUGAUGAAACUUUUCAUUCCAUUAUGUUUUGAGCAAUAUUGAACCAGCCUAAAAGGCAAAGUUAAAUGAAAAGGGUUUCUCAUUACUGUCCUGUUGUUUUUCUUUGCUCUAAAAAUUUGUUUUUGGAUGUUAUGCCCUGCUCUGAUACUGAUAAUUUGAUUAUCAAAAUGGUCCAAUGAGAAAAAUUUUGACCAAUCAUGCUUUAUUACAAGGCUGUAAUGAUUAUACUAUUCACAAACAUGGGUAUGGUUUGGUUAUACAUGUAGUCUAUAGUCUACAGCUAUUUUGAAUUUAUCAAAAUAUUGGGUAUAACACAUUUAUCAGUAAGCUUAAACCACCUUGAUAUGAUAACAUACAAUCAUACAUAUGAUGAAUAAGAGUCAAUGGAAGACUGUAAUGUAUAAGGAUAAUGGGUAUGAAUGUAACAAGGCAGUUGUAUUUAUAAAAGAUGCCUAGUUUGUGAUAAAUAAUAUAAGUACAUUGUAUACUCUCAAAGAGGAUAAUUUUACUUGUUGCUUAAUGUACCUGUGCAAAUACCCAUAGAACUGAAUAAUUGUUAUAAAAAUUAUGUUACGUAUAAUGCGUUUCUGUAUCAUUUGGUUAUGUUACCUUACAUGCAAUGUACUUCUCUUCAAAUUGAUUUUUGUAAGAGGUAGGAGAUAUAUCCUAAUGGAGUAAUGCUUAUUUCUGCUUUCACAAUUGAUUUGCUUUUACUAAUUAUAUUGAAGUAUCAUGAUAAAGUAUUGCAAAUGCUUAAACGUGGUAGAAAAGCUACAAGCAAAUAAUGCCAGCAUGUAUAUUUCUGGCAAAUGUCAGUUGUUGCCAAAUUUUGGGACUACCGGGGUAACUUUUUCUGCGAAUCAUGGUGAAAUGAUUGUGAUGUCUUGGUCACUUUGUGGUGUAAGCAAUCAAUGACUGGAACCAUUGCUGGAACCAACCUCUCGUGGACUACAUGUACUUGUAGAUAGAGCAAGCUACUCUGCAUCAAAACUAAACAUCAAUA